UAAAACGAAUAGAACUAAGAUCGAUUGCUCAGGUCUUGAGUGUAUUUAGCGCCAUUGAGCUGCUCGUGCGGCGUGUUUGUGUUUUUAAAUCGUGACGGAUUGCUUAUACUACAGAGACAUGGAAAAAAAUGUUCAUUCAAAGUUACCUCAAGAUCUGGGUAAACUUCUUGGAGUGCAGUCUCAGGAUGAGAGAAAUGCAGAAGCUUUCACCAGCACCUUCCUGAAGAAGAGCCUGCCGAGCAUGGGGCCCGAGGCCAUCCAGCAGGCUCUGCUGCACAAGGCGGUGGUGCUGGAGUACCAGCACAAGCGGACGGGGACGGGGACGCGGAAGCGGGCGCGGGCGCGGGGCCUGGCGGCCAGGCAGCGGAGAGAACUCAGCCUGUUUCAGCUCAAGCCGGAGCACCAGAAGUAUGAGCUCUUUGUACCUUUACAUGAGCUCUGGAAGCAGUACAUCCGUGAUCUGUGCAAUGGGUUAAAACCAGAAAGUAACCCUCAGAUGAUCCAGACCAAGCUUCUAAAGGCAGAUUUCCAUGGCGCCAUUAUAUCAGUGGUGCGGUCCAAAUGUCCAUCGUACGUGGGGGCCACUGGGAUCCUGGUGCAAGAACUGAAGCAUGUGUUUAAAAUAAUUACCAAGGAAGACAAACUAAAAGUCAUCCCUAAGCGCAACAGCGUCUUCAGUGUGGAGGUCGAUGGCUUUGUGUCCCACAUCUACGGGACCAAGUUUCAGCUGAGGUCCAGUGAGCGCUCAGCCAAGAAGUUUAAAGCCAAAGGAACGAUUGACCUCUAGUUGUGUUUGUGUGAAAGAGAAACUUUUGUUUUUUUUUUUAUAAGGAUUGUAGGUUCAUUCCUUUGUGCUGUCAUUCUCCAGACUUUUGUCCUUAUUUUCAAUUCCAGUCUUUGUGAAGAUGACAGCCAGAGAUGACUAGUCUUUUUGAAACACGUACAAAGUUUUGUGAAUAUCCCUAACUUAUUUUGAGUGACUUUGUAAAUAUGUACUGUCACGUUUUAUGUUUUGGAUUGUAAGCUUUCCUUUCAAUCGUUUGAUAGGAAGCUGCAGUAAGAAUUGCAUCCACAAGGGGGCGGGUAAAACGGCAGUAUCAGCCAGGCAUUGGUUUUUUUUUUUUUUUUGGGGAGCCAAGUACGACCCAGUAAAACUUGAUCUGUGAGUAUGCAGCUGUACCAUUGGUGUGUUUCAUUUUCAUAAAGGAAUUGACGUACAUGUUUAUA